AUGAUCAAAAUUCCGUACCUCACUGCCUUGACGACCCUCUUCAGCUACGGCCUCCUCUUUGUCUUCGGCCAAUUACGUGACUUUUUUCGUAAAAUAAUUGAUUGGUGGUCCCACAACAAGCUUCAGGGUUAUGCGCCGAUCUGUUUGGGGCUCGAGGAUUUCUACAUUCGGCGAUUGUAUCUAAGGAUUCAGGAUUGCUUUAACCGACCAAUAUCAAGCCCUCCUGAUGCUUGGUUUGAUGUGGUAGAGCGUAUCUCCAACGACUACAAUAAAACACUUAAGCGAACUACAAAAGUUAGCAGGUGCCUCAACCUGGGAUCAUAUAAUUAUCUAGGGUUUGCUUCAGCAGAUGAAUACUGCACGCCACGUGUAAUAGAGUCCUUGAAGAGAUUUUCUCCAAGCACCUGCAGUACCAGGGUUGAUGGAGGCACAACAGUCUUGCAUGCCGAAUUGGAGGAGUGUGUGGCGAAUUUCGUUGGAAAGCCAGCUGCCUUAGUAUUUGGCAUGGGUUAUGUAACAAAUUCCGCAAUUCUUCCUGUAAUAACAGGGAAGGGAGGUUUAAUUAUCAGUGAUUCUCUGAACCAUAACUCGAUAGUCAAUGGUGCUCGAGGAUCUAGAGCCACGGUACGAGUUUUCCAACAUAACACACCACACCAUUUGGAGAAAGUUCUGAGGGAGCAGAUUGCUGAAGGACAGCCCAGAACGCACAGACCUUGGAAAAAAAUAUUUGUUGUGGUGGAGGGGAUUUACAGCAUGGAAGGGGAACUGUGCAAGCUCCCUGAGAUUGUUGCCAUAUGCAAGAAAUACAAGGCAUUUGUUUAUCUGGAUGAGGCUCACAGCAUUGGCGCUGUUGGCCAGACUGGAAGGGGUGUCUGUGAGCUCCUAGGAGUUGAUACUGCAGAUGUGGAUAUCAUGAUGGGAACCUUUACUAAAUCAUUUGGAUCAUGUGGUGGUUAUAUUGCUGGAUCCAAGGAACUUAUCAAGUACUUGAAGUACACCUGUCCAGCUCAUCUUUAUGCCACAUCAAUAUCUCCUCCAUCUGCUCAACAAAUUAUAUCUUCCAUUAAGGUUAUUCUUGGAGAAGAUGGUUCUAAAAGAGGGGCUCAGAAACUAGCAAGAAUUCGUGACAAUGGCAAUUUUUUCCGAGCUGAAUUGCAGAAAAUGGGUUUUGAGGUUUUAGGGGACAAUGAUUCCCCUGUAAUGCCCAUAAUGCUCUACAAUCCAUCAAAAAUUCCUGCUUUUUCACGGGAGUGUCUCAAACGGAAUGUUGCUGUUGUGACGGUUGCUUUUCCAGCUACCCCUUUACUGUUGGCACGUGCACGGAUAUGCGUUUCUGCUGCUCAUUCUAGGGAAGACCUUAUUAAAGCUUUAGAGGUUAUCAGCACUGUCGGCGAUCUAGUUGGCAUCAAAUACUUCCCUGCUGAGCCUGAAAAACAGGAAAGCCGAAUCAAGUUCGAGUAA